AUGAUCUUUUUCUCCUCCUCCUCCUCCUAUGUACGGUAUCUCUUCCUGAUCUUCUUUUUCUCCUCCUCCUCUUAUGUACGGUAUCUCUGCAUGAUCUUCUUUUUCUCCUCCUCCUCUUAUGUACGGUAUCUCUUCAUGAUCUUCUUUUUCUCCUCCUCCUCUUAUGUACGGUAUCUCUUCAUGAUCUUUUUCUCCUCCUCCUCCUCCUAUGUACGGUAUCUCUUCCUGAUCUUCUUUUUCUCCUCCUCCUCUUAUGUACGGUAUCUCUGCAUGAUCUUCUUUUUCUCCUCCUCCUCCUCUUAUGUACGGUAUCUCUUGAUCUUUUUUUUUCUCCUCCUCCUCUUAUGUACGGUAUCUCUUCAUGAUCUUCUUUUUCUCCUCCUCCUCCUCCUAUGUACGGUAUCUCUUCCUGAUCUUCUUUUUCUCCUCCUCCUCUUAUGUACGGUAUAUCUUCCUGAUCUUCUUUUUCUCCUCCUCCUCCUCCUCCUCUUAUGUACAGUAUCUCUUCAAGAUCUUCUUUUUCUCCUCCUCCUCCUCUUAUGUACGGUAUCUCUUCCUGAUCUUCUUUUUCUCCUCCUCCUCCUCCUCCUCUUAUGUACGGUAUCUCUUCAACUCCUCGUUUUUUCUUCAGCAUAUACCAUUUGUCUGCUUCUUCGUCUGGUUCUUGUUUCAUAUGCCAUUGCUUCCUCAUGUGUCGUUUCUGAUUCUUGCACUUCUGUUUCCUUUUUAACUUCUUUACUAACAGAAACCAUUUGUAUCCAGUGUAACAAAAAAAAAGAAAUCCCUACAAUUCAUUUUACAGGCUUAAACAAAAACAACUCUGAGACUGGUUUUGACAACUGA